AUGGCCGUCCCAUCAACCCAGCGUGCCCUCCUCAUCACCGAGAUCGGCCAACCACUGACUAUAGUAACCGACCGACCAAUCCCUCAACCGGGCCCCAACCAAAUCCAAAUAAAAGUCAGCAUCGCGGGUCCUAACCCACACGACCAACUCUCCCGUGACAUCGGGCUUUUCGUGGAAGACGCAAUCCCGGCGGCAAUCACCAACGACGUCGUCGGCACCGUCACGGCACUAGGCUCCAAUGUGACGACCUUCUCAAUCGGCGACCAAGUCUUCGGCCAAUCCAGCUUCGAGAAAGACAGCCCCCAGAACGGAUCCCAAGAAUACUGCGUGCUCGACAGCGCAUUCACAGCCAAGAUUCCCGCAGGCGUAUCAGCCGAUGAAGCCGCCACAUUGCCGGUGAAUGCGAGCACCAGCGCCAUCUCGCUUUUCGACGGCGCUAACCUCGCCAUCCCGGCGCCGUGGACACCCGCAGCGACGACGUUCGACUACGCCGCACAGUCGCUCCUGAUCAUCGGCGGGGGCACGUCGUGCGGGAAAUUCGGCGUGCAGCUCGCGGCGCUCGCGGGGAUCGGGACGAUAGUGGUCGUCGGCGGGCCUGAAGCCGAACUGCGGUCCUAUGGCGCGACACACGUCCUCUCACGCCACCUGACCUACGAGGACACACUGGCGCAGAUCCGUGCAAUCGUCCACGACGACUUGCUGUAUGCGUACGACACGGCGAAUCCACCCGAGGGGCAGAUCCUCGCGAUCAAUGCGCUGAGUUCAUCGGCGCGCGGACGCUUCGCGAGGCUGCUGCCUAUUGGGCCGGUCGAUGAGUCCAAGAUCGAUGCGGGGGUCAAGGAGGUCGGGUUUGAGUUGUGCGAUGUCCAUGGGAGCUGUCACGGUCAUGGGGAAUUGACUGCUGGGUUUUGGGAGAGGUUGCCUGGCUGGUUGAGCGAGGGCAAGAUCCGGCCUGGGAGGUUUGAGAUCGAUGACGGUGGUCUGGAUGCUGAUAGGUGGAAUAAGUUGCUCGAUCGGUAUAGGGAUUAUGAGCCUGUUAUCAAGACUCAUUUCCAUUUUUGA